AUGUCUUCGGCUCGGAUUCUCCGGUUUGACCGAUCGGAUCAACAUGACUCUUUUGUGUUGCUACGUGUUACUCACCGUGGGCCAGAUGUACUUGACCUGUCGUUAACCGCGACAGAGGGCGAAGGUGCCUAUACAGCUUCCAUCCAGCAAUCACAUCUGCAAGACCUGAAAGCCAAAGGCUAUCAGGGCUCCGACGAUGAGUGGACCCAGACCCUGUCUUUCGUUCUAGGCCAGUCACCUAUUGUGGACGAACCGGCCGGGUCGUUAGGAGUGGAAGCUACGGCGAUGAUCCGUGGUGCUAGUGAAGAAAGCGAUGAGAUCGUGAUCACCAUACGCAAGAAGGUUCAGGAUAUCUCGCAAAGACUUGGGGCUAUUGUCCUCAGGGAGGAUGAUCAAGUUAUCGAGUUGUUCGAAUGGACAGGUGCUUCCACGGUCAGGUCAAAGACGUUGGAACAGCAGGUUACUAGCCUUGCCAAUCGCUACCGGACUGCCGAGAAUACCGUGCAGAAGCUGAAUGAACAGCUUGAAGACCUCAUGCGAGCGAAAUCCCAGCAUGAAACCCAGCUCAUGGCAAAUUUCUCUCAACUGCUAAAUGAAAAGAAAUUGAAAAUCAGGAAUCAGCAGCGUCUUCUCGCCUCGGCGACUGCGGAUCCAAUCAGAGUUUCUGAGAUACAAGCUACCACCGCGCAUCCCCAUGUUAUUGACAACGUGUCACGCUCAUCUAAGCGUGGCCAUGACCCAAGUGAUACAGACGAAGAUUCGGACAUGGGCUUUGAGCCAAUGGAUGUGGAUGGGGGAAAGACCGUCGGGACCUCUUUGGGUGAUCAGGAGACCGAUGAGGGAGGACAAUCGACACCACAGCCGGUGGAGGAUAGGGCAGGCACUACUACGGAUGAUGAUUCUGAGCCUGAGCCCGAACCACAUUCAAAGGCUGUCAAAUAUACGCCUCCUUCAAGGGACACACCCCCACCCCGACGUGAACUGCCCUUCACUCGACGAGGUCCACCGGCACGAACGCAGCAGAAGACUGUCCCUGGCCCCGCAGGAGAUGAAACUGCGGGAGAGACGGAUGAUGACGAGCUGUAG